AUGGACUUCACAGACGUCGGAAUCCGCCACACCAUUCUCAAUAGUGUACAGCUCCAUCACUUCAUCGAUUUCUCGCCAUCGGCCGCUGUUAUUGCAAAGGAGGCCCGCCUCUGCGUUAUUGCUGUUGUUGUCGGUUGGAUCACCACUAGUGUUGUCUCCAGCCUUUGCAAUCGGAACUGCGACCGUGAUCCAGUCCAUAGCAAGCGCUGA